AUGGAGGCGCCUAAGUUACCCCGCCCGGCCAAGGAAAUCCAUGAAGAGAUUGAAGCAUUAAUACCACAAAUCACGACAAUUUAUGAGGAUGAGAAUGGCAACAAAGAGUACGGUGGGGAUGCGCUGCUAGCGUUGAUCACUUCUAUGAGAGUCGCACUGGGAAUUGAUGAAACCUGGGAAGGACAUUUGAGAUAUUGGUCGAAAACGACGAAGAUUAUCAAUCCUCGGAAGCAAGGAUAUCUUAUCCCUUUACUGGGCGGAAUUCAGCUGAACCCUGGGGGUUUGUUGGAGCGUGGAUCAUUCAUACAAGUUUAUAAUGAACCGAUUCUAGGUGCUGGCGCAACUUCUUUGUUUAUUGUGCCUCGCUGA